AUGAGCGGUCAAUUUGUGGUACCGCUGAUCAUCAACGGUGAAGAUGUGAGAUCGAAGGAAACAUUCCCCAUUGUCAACCCGAGGACAGGCGAGACGCUAUGGCAAGCGGCCAGUGCAACGACAGAUCAGGCCAACGCUGCAGCGGCAGCCGGCCAGGCGGCAUUUCCUGCCUGGUCGCAGAUGACAUAUCUCGCUCGCCGCGAUGUUCUCCUGAAGGCCGCCGAUGUGAUGGAGGAGCAUCUCGAGGAAUUGAAGCGCUAUGAUUGUGAAGAGAUGGGCGCUGAGAUGUGGUGGGCAACAUUCGACACUGCAACGGCUAUGGCAAUGAUUCGCGACGUUGCCGGCCGCAUAUCAAGCAUUGAAGGCACGUUGACACGCACAUUAGAGCCCGGGUCUAUGGCCAUGGUCAUGAAGAUCCCGUAUGGUGUGGUGUUUGGGAUUACUCCGUGGAACGCAGCUUGCCUAUCCGCGGUACGCUGCAUCAUCUACGCACUAGCGGCAGGAAACACUGUCGUCCUGAAGUCCUCUGAACUCUCGACACGACUGCAUUUCCUGAUUGGCGACUGUUUCCGAAAAGCCGGUUGCCCUCCUGGAGUCGUCAAUGUGAUUGCCCACAGCCGCGAAGCUGGCCCAGCCGUAAUUGGAGCCCUGAUUGAGCACCCCGCCAUUCGAAAAAUCAACUUCACAGGAUCGACGGCCGUUGGAAAGAUUUUGGCCCAGCAGGCGGCCAAAGCAAUGAAGCCCAUCUUGCUAGAGCUUGGUGGGAAAGCUCCGAUGAUUGUCCUCGAGGAUGCAGACCUCAAGGAGGCUGCACACGGUGCUGCCUUUGGUGCAAACUUCAACGCGGGACAAAACUGCAUGGCUACCGAACGCAUAAUUGUGAUUGAAUCUGUCGCGAAAGAAUUCGAGGAGGUUUUGAAGGCAACAUAUGCUGAGCUAUACCCCGACUCCUACCAGCCUCAACCUGCGGUCCAGCUGGCUGGAGCCAACAAAGUGAAAUCCCUUGUGGACGAAGCUCUGGCAACUGGAUCUGAGAUUAUGUUUGGCAAGAAGCCCGAGGGAGGCCAGGUCAUGCAUCCGAUAAUACUCAAAAACACCCAAAACUCCAAAAUCCAUUACGACGAGACCUUCGGACCAUCUGUCAACUUCGUUGUAGUCCCAUCCGUGGAAGCGGCCAUUGAGGCGGCCAACGAUACAGUAUAUGGCCUUACAGCUGCGAUCUGGAGCAAAGACCUGGCGAAGGCGCUCAAAGUUGCAACGCAGAUUGAGAGCGGAGCUGUCCAUAUCAAUCACAUAACGGUCCAUGACGACCUGACUCUACCCCACGGUGGUGUCAAGGAAAGUGGGAUGGGACGAUUUGGUGCUAGCUGGGGUAUCAACGAGUUUUUGACUCUCAAAUCGAUAACGUUCAAGAUUUGA